UGCUGGUGGAGUCAGUGUGCGGGAGAGGAGCAAGGGCGGCUGCGCUGGUACAAUGCCGAACAAACCGAAGAAAGAUAAGGAGUCUCCUAAAUCUGGGAAAGUGGGAAAGGGUGGAGGACAUGAAAAUUCAGAUCAUGAGAGCUCUAACAGGAAGACUAGCAAUAGUGUUCCUCCUACCACUCAGCUGCUAAAGGGGAAGCAGCCAGGUUCACAGACACCUGUCAAAAAGGACAAGAGGCAGAGCUCCACUCGCUUCAGCUUGAGCAACAACAGGGAGCUGCAGAAAUUGCCUGCUUUUAAAGACGUUCCCCCUGCUGAGCAGGAGAAGCUGUUCAUCCAGAAACUGCGUCAGUGCUGCGUCCUCUUUGAUUUUGUCUCGGACCCACUGAGUGACCUGAAAUGGAAGGAGGUGAAGCGAGCCGCGCUGAGCGAGAUGGUGGAGUACAUCACCCACAACAGGAAUGUCAUCACCGAGCCCAUCUACCCAGAGGUGGUGCACAUGUUUUCUGUGAAUAUGUUCAGGACUUUGCCUCCAUCGUCCAACCCCACCGGGGCAGAGUUCGACCCAGAGGAGGAUGAGCCCACGCUAGAGGCAGCAUGGCCACAUCUGCAGCUUGUUUAUGAAUUCUUCCUACGGUUCUUAGAGUCACCGGACUUUCAGCCCAACAUAGCCAAAAAGUAUAUUGACCAGAAGUUUGUAAUGCAGCUCUUGGACCUGUUUGACAGUGAAGACCCCAGAGAGAGAGACUUUUUAAAGACCACUCUGCAUCGCAUCUAUGGCAAGUUCCUGGGCCUGCGAGCGUACAUCAGGAAACAGAUAAAUAAUAUAUUCUAUACAUUCAUUUAUGAAACGGAGCACCAUAACGGAAUAGCAGAAUUACUGGAAAUCCUUGGCAGCAUAAUCAAUGGAUUUGCAUUACCUCUGAAAGAGGAGCACAAAAUGUUCCUGCUGAAAGUCCUGUUGCCUUUGCACAAAGUCAAGUCUCUGAGCGUCUAUCACCCACAGCUGGCCUACUGUGUCGUACAGUUCUUGGAGAAGGAUAGCACCCUCACAGAACCGACGGUAAUGGCUUUGUUAAAGUAUUGGCCAAAGACCCACAGUCCAAAGGAGGUGAUGUACCUCAAUGAACUGGAGGAGAUUCUGGAUGUUAUUGAACCAUCAGAGUUUGUCAAAGUCAUGGAGUCCCUUUUCCGACAGCUGGCCAAGUGUGUGUCGAGCCCACACUUUCAGGUGGCCGAGCGAGCUCUGUACUACUGGAACAAUGAGUACAUCAUGAGUCUGAUCAGCGACAAUGCUGCCAAAAUCCUGCCCAUCAUGUUCCCAUCCCUGUACCGCAACUCCAAGACCCACUGGAACAAGACAAUCCAUGGUUUGAUCUACAACGCUCUGAAACUCUUCAUGGAAAUGAACCAGAAGUUGUUUGAUGACUGCACCCAGCAGUUCAGGGCUGAGAAAAGCAAAGAGAAAGCCAAGUGGAAAGAGCGAGAAGACGCCUGGCUGAAGAUCGAGAAUCUAGCAAAGUCAAACCCACAGUUUCUGGUGUUCGUUGACUCUAUAGGACCAGGCAGUCCGAUGGACCUGGAGACGGACGGGCUGCUGCUAGACGACUUCGGCUUGCUGAAGAAAAGGGUAGAAGAAGAAGCCACGCAGAUCCAAAGAGAUCAGCGACGAGAACGACCUUUAAUGAGGAGGAAAUCAGAGCUCCCCAAAGACAUCUCCACGGUCACAGCACUGGAGUUGCACCGAAGAGCCGAUGACAUGUUUACCGCGAGUGACGGCCACUGAGAACGCGCCCCAGAUCCAAACCGUAAACCAGCAGCGGCAUCCACAGAGGAACCACAGGCCCCCGGGAGGCCAGCACAACCCUGGACGCAGAGUCCUCAGCCCUGCACAGAUCAGAACAGAACAGGCCCAGCACCAGCCCACACAGAAAAUACUCCCCUUUCGUCCUCCUCCAAGCGGCUAAAGCUUCGGUGCUGGACGCUCCUGCAUGACCACCCUGAAUUUGAUCUAAGAUAUCCAUCUAAGUCCCGACGUUCGUCGCCUUCAGCUCUUUCGGUGUGUUGUUGGGGUGCCAUGCUGCCCCCUUCUGGUCGUUCUUCUCAGGUGUUCUGUUCUUUGUGUGAGAUGUCCAAUCUUGUCGCCUCUGCGCUCUAGAUGUCAGGUGCUUGUAGGAAAUCCAGAGCCCUUAGCUGUAACUUCACAGAGAGAGUGAGCCGAUGUCAGUCGUUCAGAUAAAUUCAGUAUCAGCUUUUUUCUCAUAACAUUGAAAAAAGACAGAUCUUUGUAUUUUUCCCAAAAUGGUAUAUUAGGAGUACCUCAGAGAAAAAAGUAAAGUAUUUGUUGCUUGUUUUUUUUUUUUUUUUUCACUUUGAGGAUUAAUUUAUCGUCCCGUACAAAGAUAAAUUCACCCAGAACUCAGUUGAACCGUUAGUUGAGCAGGACCGGCCACAUCUCUGCUACUCUGUGGAGACCUAGCUUUGGUGCCAACUUCUCUAAAUAAAAAGGAAAAAAAAGCAUUUUUUAACUGUGUAGACUUGAGUUAGCACAAUUCCUGAUGCUCAUCUGUUGCUCGGGGGGUUUAUUUCAUGCUCAGACACGCCGGCCCGGCCCGGCUCGCUGGCCCGCUCACAGGAGCGGCGGUCAUUUUAAGCUGGACGCUCGCAUGCAAUCCGUCGUAGAAGCGUCGAAAACACGGUCAUCGCCAUUCAGAACAAGUCACUGUCUUUGAUGAGGCUUAUGAGGGGUGAAGGGGAUGGAGUCGCUCACGUAGGAUUUACUCGCUGUGCGUCGACAGAAGUCGAACAGAAAACUUCUCGAUUUGGCUUUAUUUUUUUAAUCUUCUCAAGCCACUCCCUUGUAUUUAAAAAAAAAACUAAUAAAAUAAAACAAAAAAAAAACCAUUUAGUGGUGAAGAGAUGUAGUUUGAAGAGGUCAAACAUCAGCCUUUCCUCCCGCAGUGCCUUUUGUAGUUGAAAGGGGUUUCGACGGCUGACUAGAGACCAUCACCGUUUAGUUUCUUGCACUCGGCACACCUCAAGCCGCUUGUUCUCCGUCUCCUUGAUUUUAUAGCUUAUAGCUAAGAGAGUAUCGGCAGAGCGGUCUCCUCCAAGCCACAGCAGCGAUUUAAGCACUUCCUGAUAAAACUUGAACGAAAACAAAAAAAAAACACAAAACAAAGCAAAAGCAGCGAGGAACUGAAAUCCGUGAUGCUGUCCGUCUCGGCGCGUGCGGCCCCGCCUCCUCGCGGUGCCCGUCGUCACGAGCUCGCCUCCCCCGUCGUAACCUCUCCACUCCUGUCCCUUUCUUCUCCUCAUUCGUUAGGUUAUUUAAUCCUUUCUGGCCCAACAUGCACAUCCCUCCCCCUCCUCCAGUACGUUAUUUGGACGUUCCUGUAAUCUGCUUCUGGAUGCUUGGUGGUUUAAUUCCUCCACUGCCUGCAGAACCCACGCCGUUGAUGAACUGAAUGUGCAAAUUGUAAGCUAAACUGCAGUCACACUGCUCUGAUCUCUCCGUGUUUGUCUUGAAGAGCAACAGUCACCGAAGACAAAGUACCAGAACCCGAACCCAGCUGGCGUUUCCAGCGGUUCCCUCCCCUCAGUAACGGUGUCGUCGUGCGGCUGCAGCACAGUACUGGUGACUCUUGAUCUAGAAAUGGCUUUAAUACCAGCUUCUCUGGAGCACUCUUCAUUUUACAUAAGCUUUCUUUUUCUUUUUCUCUGGAAAGAGUUAUUACUGAUGCCCUUUAGUAUACGUCUCAUACUAAACAGCAUCAUUUAAUGUUGUACAUAUAAUGUACUUUAAUGUUAUAUCUAUUAUGCUAGAUUUCAUAUUUUGUACAAAAUACCCCAUGUACAGAAUUCAGAGGUUAUUAGCAGCUGCAGACAGUUGGUAUGUGGCACAAAGUUCAACACAUGGAACUACUUUCAUUUAGUAACUGAAUAGAAUUUGGAUAGUUUUUUAUCUUUGUAAUCAAACAUAUUUUCUGUUUUUUUGUUUAUUUUUUUCAUCCCCAGACAUGUGUUGAUCCUACAUACAUGAGCUUUUUGUGUGUGCUUUUAUCCAAAUUUCCAGUGGUGUACAUCUAUCUAUAUACAGUACAGCAAAUAAAGAGAACAUGUGAGUUUUAUAUUUUCAUCCUAAAAAAAAAAAGUGGUGUGAGUCUUUAUUGGUUGCACUUUUA